CCCUCAAAGCUUCAACCUUUGGUGCCCCCGAUGGAUUCAGACACGGAAGAAACCAGGUCCCAAAUGAAGGCAACCAAAGCAGAGCCAUCCACACCAUCAAAGAAGCACAAGAAGAGGAAGAAGGUGGUAGAAGAACCCGACCCAGAAGUCCAAGCCACCAUUAGGAUCAUACCCGGGAACCCAGAGCGGAUCCCACCUCUGGUGGGCUAUUUCCCAUCUGGGUUCGACCCGACCCGGAACCAAGGCCCGGGUUCGACCAAAGCUGGGGUCUUUAGGCACAAGGAGAGAGGUGGGACUAGGCUUCAGGUUGUGGUGACCCCAAGUAAGGAGUCUAAGGUUGAUUUUGUUGGGACUAGCUAUGCUGGUGAGGCUCAGGCUGGGGAGGCUUGCGCUUAUGGACUUGGGAUACUUGAUAAGGCCACCCAGACAUUGAAGAUUGUGCCCAUUGCUGGCAACAAGAUAUUUAGAUUGGAACCAAAGGUUCAAGGCCUUGAUUUAGCUGGUAAGGAGCCAGCAAGUUCAGCAAUUGGAGAACUUUCUGCAGUUGAGAAGGCAGCGAAACGUAUAGACCUUCAUAAUCGUUAUGGAACAAAGAAGUCAAUACGGCAGAAUAAGAAAAUGCAAACCUUGAAGCAACAAGAUGAUCCUGAUGCUCAAAAUGAUUUGGAUGCAAUCAAACAAGUUAUGAUGGAAAGGGAGGAUUCUGAAGCCUCUGAAGCCCAUAUAGAUCGCAAUACCCCACCAUUUAAUGCUUCUGCCACCACUCCCCGGGAUGCUUAUCCCCUGGAUAAGAUCAUCGCCACAGGAGAGUGGAAAUUCCUACAAGAUAUUUAUAAGCUUUCAGAAGGUGGAACAGAAAUAUCACGGGAUUCUUUUCCAGCAUUUGUUUGCAACCGGGUCCAUAAACUGCAGCUGAUCGAGGAUGAAGACAAGAAGAAUAAGCUUUCUUGUAUUUUCUCAUAUAUUACGCAUCUUAUAAAGUUCAAAGAUCUGCAUUCCAUGGAUGGGUAUACGUCUGCAAAGGGCCACAGAUUCCCGCCCAUUAUAAAGGAUAAGUUUUCAACCAUGUUUGAUGCAGUGUCAAAGAGGCUAUCAACUGAGAAAAAUAAUCUCCUCAUUAGCUAUGUGUUGGUGCUCACUCUUUUUGCGGAUGAAUUCCAAACAAGUAUGACAGACAUAGGGAAGGAUCUGAGAAUGACUAAUGCAACUAUAAGGACGCAUUACGAGACCUUGGGUUGCAAGGUGUCUAAGAAGAACGAUGUAUCAACCGUUACCCUUCCUGUGCCCCUCAAAUUUCCAACAGCGAGGCUCAAGCGACGGAACAAGUGAUCUCUGUACAAUUUUUGUCUUUGUGAUCGUUUGACAGCAGAUGGAAGAAUAUUGGUUCUUGGCUCAGAACAUGUUUUUUACCUUUAUAAUCUGUUUGUAUGUUUUAUGUUACUGUGCUUUUAUGUAGCGGUAUGUUUUAAUGGACGGUUGGCAUUGCCUUUCGUUGCUAUAUAGAAUUUGUCAAUGCAUUCUUUUAUUGGCU